AUGGAUGCCAUCAGCCAAUCCCCCAUGGAAGCUGUGCUUCCCAAGCACAUCCUGGAUAUCUGGACCAUUGUCCUCAUCAUCCUGGCCACCAUCGUCAUCAUGACCUCCUUGUUGCUGUGUCCAGCCACUGCCGUCAUCCUCUACCGCAUGUGGACUCAUCCAGUGCUCAGUGGGGCUGUUUGA